AUCUUGCGGCGCAAAACGUAUGCAUCACGCGAGGCUCCUAGCUGGCGGCCUCACCUUACUCCAAACACCUACGUACUGCAAAGCUCGGACGUUGUGUUCUGGACCUUUUUUUUUUGACGGGCACUCUUCUUGGCUUGCAGCCGCGUCUCACGGAUUACCGACGAUCGUAACGGGUCACAGACAAAAGUACUAGAGAUCUCUGCGUUACGAGGCAACUUUGUAGUUCAUUGCCAUCUCAGUCGUGUCAUUUUUUUCCCCUUGAGCCUUGCGGACAGAUGCCGCACGUUGUCCCCACCACCCGAUGGUUCCUAUUGACACUGGUUUUAUUCAAUUCAAUCCGCGCCAGUGCCAUAGCAGUUGAACCUCGGCACGGUGUUCCACCUAUACAAUUUCCUUUUGGUUACGAAGCGGUGCGCGGGGUCAGCCUAGGAGGCUGGCUUGUCACUGAACCAUGGAUAACUCCAUCCCUCUACGACGCCACAAAUAAUCCUAAUAUCGUCGACGAAUGGACGUUCUGUCAAUAUCAGGACUAUAAUACAGCUCACAAGGCACUUCGAUCUCACUGGGAUACAUUCAUUACCGAACAAGAUAUCGCCGAUAUUGCUAUGGUUGGCUUAAAUCACGUCCGAAUACCCAUAGGGUAUUGGGCAUUUGACAUCUCUGACGGCGAGCCAUACCAUCAAGGACAGCUGGAUUACCUCUUUCAAGCGAUUGGUUGGGCUCUGCAACAUGGAGUGUAUGUCAUGAUAGACCUUCAUGGUUUACCUGGGUCUCAGAAUGGGUUUGACAAUUCUGGAAGACGCGGACCUAUCCUUUGGGAUACUCAAGCAAGUUAUUUGAACCGAUCGAGGACGAUCGUCGACUUUCUGGCCACAGAGUUCUCGAAGCCUCAAUAUGGCGGAGUUGUUAGUUCUAUCGCUCCAGUGAAUGAACCGGGAGGGUUCAACGGGUCUCAACUCCUAGCUGUGACGACGCAAUACUAUUAUGAUUCGUAUGGUAUAAUGAGGGAAAGAGGAAGCAUUGUGGACCUCUUGCACGAUGUGUAUCAGGCUCUAACAUAUUGGAAUGAUUUCAUGCCGGCCUCUUCGGGAUAUAGCAAUGUGAUGAUGGAGACGCAUCAUUAUGAACUGUUUUACACGUCGCAGCUCGCUAUGUCCUAUGAAAUGCACCUUGGGGCGGCCUGUGCCAGAGGACAGGAGAUGGCAGCGUUUGCUCACGGCGCGGGCGGAUUCUGGACUAUUGCCGGGGAGUUCACUACCACGGUGUAUGAUUGUGCGACCUACAUCAAUGGUCGAGGUUUCGGAUCGCGAUGGGAUGGAACGUACCCUGGAUCGACUGGGGCACUUGGGAGUUGUGUUCCCUAUUCCGGUCCAACGCGUGCUUUUUCACAGGAUUACAAGGACUUUAUGAGGAAGUAUUUCGAAGCGCAGACGAUCGCGUUCGAAAUGGCAGACGGGUGGAUAUAUUGGACAUGGAAGACAGAGAGUGCGGAUGAGUGGAGUUAUUCUGCAGGUGUUGCGGGUGGAUGGAUACCACCUCGACCGACACAGCGGCUGUAUCCUUAUAUUUGUAGGUGAUUACAUAGUAGCUAGCUGGUUGCCUCAUGGUGGAUGCUGGGCAGUUUAGAGUAUCUGUCAAUAUCACGAUCGUCGUUAUG